UCUCUUAAUUGCUGGGUCCUUCCUCUCCUUCCUACUUUUUCUCAGUCUGUCUUAGCUGAAUCAAUCAUUCAGAAUCCUCAUCUUCAUCACUCUGUGUUGCUGCCCCACCACCAGACUCUGACUCUGAGAAUCCGAUGAUGAAGCUAACCAACGCAACAUGUGCUUCAUGCCUCGAGCUUAAUUUCUCUCAAGCUCCAGCUCAUUUUUUUUUCAAACCCAGUAAUUUCUGGGAUUUCCCUUUUUUUUUUUUUAACUGGUUUACAUUCGCCUCCAAUAUGAUUAUUUUUUGUUUUCUUCUUACUAAUUUUCUCGUAUAUUGCAGACAUUGGGAGAUUUUGUAAUUUUAAACACAUACGAACAUUGGCUCGGAGCUUAUUAUGGCGCCGUGAAUGAUAAGUGAGAUUUCAUUGUUAAAGAGAGCCCACAAGCCCAAGAAGGAGAGAGAAAUCCAGGCCACAUGUUCGUUGUUGAAACUUUGACCAACAGUUAAAUGAAACAAAAAUUGGUUCAAUUUUAUUAAUCCCAGAAGAAUCGCCUUGGUGGUGCGGGUGGAGUGAGCUGCAUAAUUCGCAACCAUUUCGAAGAUUUCGAAGCGAAAGAGAAAUGGCGGUCGUCUACUUUGCUUUCUUCACUCUCCUCCUUCUGCCUCCUCUUGCUGUGCUCAUUCUCCUGUACUUCAUCGUGCGGCCCCGUCCGGUGAAAAUCCCGAUCAAGAAUCGCCACGUGUUCAUCACCGGGGGUUCAAGUGGGAUCGGUCUCGCCCUGGCCCGCCAGGCUGCGGCUGAGGGAGCUCGCGUCUCGAUCCUUGCUCGUUCUGUGGAUAAGCUCGAGGAGGCUAGGAAUUCGAUUCGCCUCUCUACCGGCAUUGAUGUGGCCGUCUACUCCGCCGAUGUGCGCGACUACGAUGCCCUGAAACGUGCCGUUGAUGAGGCGGGGCCUAUUGAUGUGUUGAUUGUGAAUCACGGGGUGUUUUGGGCCACGGAGAUCGAGAAGCAGGAAUUGUUUGGCGUGAAGUUCAUCAUGGACGUGAAUUUAAUGGGGAGUUUCAAUUUGAUUAAGGCUGCGUUGCCGGCAAUGAAGAACAGGAUGGACCGCGGACCUGCUUCUAUUGCUAUUAUGUCAUCGCAGGCUGGUCAGGUGGGUAUUUAUGGUUAUACAGCUUAUGCUGCCAGUAAAUUUGGGCUUCGUGGUCUGGCAGAGGCACUGCAACAGGAGGUUAUAGCAGAUAACAUUCGUGUUUCUCUUAUAUUCCCUCCAGACACAGACACUCCUGGUCUAUCAGAAGAAAACAAGAAAAAACCACAGAUAACCAGUUUAAUUGUGGCCUCUGGCGGUUUAAUGAAAGCUGAUGAAGUUGCUCGGAGGGCAUUAAAUGGCAUAAAAUCUGGAAGCUUUUUCAUCCCCUGCAAUCUUGAGGGAUACUUGCUGGCCUUAGCAACUUCUGGUUUUUCCCCACAAAGCUCGUUCUUGAUGGCAUUUGUUGAGGUUUUUGCUGCUGGAAUAUUACGCAUUGCUGUACUAUUCUUCCAGUGGACUUGGUACAGAAGUAUAGAGAAUUUCCAUACCCAAAGACGUGGCAAAUAGAUGCUCUUAGGAGGAUUCUUUUCACCUGAGUUUCUGCUAUCAUAGCUGCCCUCAUCAACUUUAUGAUGGUGUAUGGUCUCCUGAAGUUGCUAAAAAUCUACUAUGAUCUCCUGAAGCUUCUAAAAAUCUAGAAGCUGAUUCAAAUCACAAUCCUGCUACUAUACUUGUGAUAUUUUGAUGAAUUGUUCUUCUAUCAGUUUCAGACAAUCCUCAAUGAGCCGAAACUCGUCCCCGUGGCCUGUUUUCAGGCAUGUGAUAGCAGAUAACGGGAUAUGGUUUUGUUCCAGUCUUUUAACGUCGAGACUAUGAUUUAUCAAUUAUGAUAAACGAGAACUCAUUAAUUUUGUAAUCAGAGUCAAAGUCAAAUUCAGGUUGAUGGUUUCCUUA